AUGACAGACUCAACGACCAAGCCCCAGAUUGAGGCGGGCAAUCAUGAAGCGUAUCUGAGACUUGCUUUAUCACUCGCAACACAAUCUCCGCCAAAGCCAACAAACUACAGAGUUGGUGCCGUGCUGCUAGAUUCAAACACCAACGAGAUACUGUCUACGGGAUAUACACUGGAGCUGCCCGGAAACACACACGCAGAACAAUGUUGUUUCGAGAAACUCGCUGCCAAACAUUGCCUGGACUCAUCCCGUCUGUCUGAAAUCCUGCCAGAUACUGCGGCUCUGUAUACCACCAUGGAGCCGUGCUCCUUUCGGCUGAGUGGCAACUUGCCUUGUGUUGAUAGAAUACUUGCACUUGGGAGCAAGAUCAAGACGGUUUAUGUCGGCGUGAAGGAGCCGGAGAAGUUUGUCAACAACAACUCGGGCAAGGCAAAGCUCGAACAAGCCGGGAUCACUUUCGUUCACGUUCAAGGUCUGGAGAAUGACAUCUUGGAGGUUGCUACCGCUGGGCAUGGGAAAUCUGAAAACGAAUCAUAG